AUGAGUAAUUCAAGCAAAACUUUUGAUCUUAAAGAAGAGUUAUCUAACCUGCAAGCUACAGAUAUUUAUGGCAGCAAUACUUCUAAAGUCAUAGAGUUAGAGAAGCAGAUUGAAUCUUUAAAUGAUAUUCAAGCAAGUUCAAACAAACAGAAAUCAAGGGAUAGGUUUUAUAAUGACAUGGACAAAAAUUCCAAGUACUUCCAUAUUAGAGCCAACCAAAGAAGAACAAGAAACAAGAUAGAUUCACUUAAAGCUCCAGAUGGUUCCUGGUGUCAAGAUAAAUCUUCAAUAGAGCAGAUGCUAGUAAAUCACUUUCAAACUAUCAGUACUACAGGACCAGAUGGUUUUCUUCCUGGUUUCUAUCAAUCUCAAUGGUCAGUGGUUAAAGAUGAUAUUUGCAAAGUGGUUCAAGCUUUUUUUCACUCAGGUUUUCUAUUGAAGAAAUUAAACAGCACUAGAGUAACUUUAAUUCCCAGAGUUAACUCAGCUCAAAAACCAGAAGAUUUCAGACCCAUUACUCUUUGUAAUACAAUUUACAAAAUUAUUUCCAAAGUCAUUGCACUGAGAAUAAAGAAGGAUAUGGUAAACAUCAUUUCUCCCAUGCAAUCAGCAUAUGUCCCACGGAGAUUGAUCUCUGAAAAUAUUUGUUUGGUUCAAGAAUUAGUUCAAGCUAUGAAGAAGAAAAAAGGUAGAACUGGUCACUUGGCUUUAAAUAUGGAUAUAUCAAAAGCCUAUGAUAGGCUAGAAUGGAAGUUUCUUAUGAAUGUUCUUAAGAAGUUUGGCUUUUCUGAAAAGUUAUGUCAGCUCAUACAUCAAUGUAUCUCAACUACACAAAAUGAGAUUAUGGUUAAUGGAUCUCCAUCUCCUUCUUUCAAACCUACAAGAGGUAUUAGGAAAGGGGAUCCUCUCUCCCCUUACCUGUUUAUUCUAGCAAUGGAGCCAUUCUCAAGAAAUAUGAAUCAUUAUGAAGUCACAAAACAGUUAACAGGUAUGAAAAUAUCAAGAUCUGCUCCAAAGAUUAACCAUUUGCUAUUUGCAGAUGAUUGUCUCUUGUUUUGCAAGGCAAACUUAGACCAAACCAGGAAGCUUCUUCAACUUAUAGAAGACUUCAGUUCUUGCUCUGGUCAGCUCAUCAAUUUCCAUAAAUCAGCAAUUUAUUUUAGCAAGAAUAUGUCUCCUUCAUCUUGUCAAACAGUAAGUGGUUUUCUUCAAGUCAGGCAAAUGAAUCUCAAUGAGGAAAAAUACUUGGGUCUUCUAUUCUUUAUUGGUAGAAACAAGAAAAUUCCUUUCUCUAUUCUAAACAGUAAAAUGGAAGCAAGACUAACAAAAUGGAGAUGUUUUAAUAUGUCUGAAGCUGCUAGGUCUGUAAUGGUCAGAGGUGUUACAAAUGCAAUACCAGUUCACCAUAUGCUGAGUUUCAAAUUACCAGAUUCUACCAUCAAGAAAAUGAACUCAACACAGCAAAUGUUCUGGAGGAGAAAAAGAGUCAAACAAGGGAAGGCAACUGAUAACUUGGAAAAGUGUGAAUGCUCCAAAAGAAGAAGGAGGGCAAAAUACUUCCCUGAUGGCCAAGUUUCUAAUAUAAAGAAAGGCAAAAACACCACUUGGUCUUGGACUAGCAUCAGUUAUGAGAUUAACUUCAUCCUCAAGUUCAGUUUUUGGUCUCUUGGUAAUGGCCAUAAAAUUCUUAUUUGGAAGCAUAACUGGGUGCAUGGAAUGCAUGAACCGCCAAUUCCUAAACAAGGUGCUAUUAAUACUUCCCAUUAUACUCAUGUUUAUCAACUUAUGGCUGCUGACAACUGCAGUUGGAAUUCAGAUCUGCUAUUCUCACUUUUUGAAGAUCAGACUGCAAAUGUUAUUCUUAAUAUUAAUAUUUUUCCAGACUAUGAAGAUAAACUUGUUUGGACCUUGGAGAAAAAUGGAGGUUUCUCAGUCAAGUCUGCCUACAAGAAAAUGUUUCAAGAGAAAAAUGCAGGUCAAAUAGUUAGUGAUGAUAUGAAGAGUGUUUUUAAAAGGUUGUGGAGGUUGCCAUUAUUGCCAAGAGUCCAGCAAUUUCUCUGGAAAUGUGUGAGGGAUGUUCUUCCUUCAAGAGAUAAACUAACGCAUGUUAUUGAUGGUGAUUAUAGUUGUUCUUUCUGCAAGCAAGUCACUGAAACAACUUCUCACUGUAUUCUGGAAUGGCACAUCGUUCACUUGGUCUUGUUUGCUGUGUUGGGUGUAAGAAGUCCUUCUGAUGUCACUCUCAAAGACUGGAUAAUAAGUCAUUUCACGCAGUUUCAAUCUGGACAGAUUAAUGAAGAUAUAAUCUGCAGAAUAGCUAUUGUAGCUUGGUGCAUAUGGUCUCACAGAUGUGAUACCAUUUUCAAGGGAGUUUCAGUGUCACCUGAAACUAUUAUUCAAAACUGCAGGAAGUAUCUUUCUGAUUUCACUGACAUGUGUCGGAAGAAAACUGUAAACCCUCAUAGGCAGAACAGACAUAAUUUGCAUUGGUCUCCUCCUCCCAGAGAAACAAUCCAUUAG